AUACGCAUGCGUUGAAGCCGACGGUAUAGCGAUGUGUAGAGUUGUAGAGUAAUUCAUAAUUUUAUUAUGAGUAGUUAAUUUUUUUCGGACCUUAAAUUAGCUAAAUAUCACUGAAAAUGACGCUAUAUCACUUCGGUAACUGUUUGGCAUUGGUAUAUGUGCCAUACUACUUAACUUACAAAUAUUCUGGCUUAUCAGAAUAUGGUGCUUUCUGGAAAUGCAUUCAGGCAGGUGGUAUUUACAUCUUUACACAACUCGUAAAAAUGCUGGCACUUGCCACAUUUUUUCCAACAGCUGACAAUAUUGGUGAAGAGGGUUUUGAUGUGUUUGGAGAAUUUUUAAAGUCAUCUAUUGACUUAGCUGACUUGGUAGGAAUUUUGCUGGUACUAAAUAGCAUUCCUGGGAAAGGCCAUGCUAAGGUAUUAACUGCUGGUAUAGGAUGGGCAGGAGCGGAAGUGCUACUUACAAGAUUCUUACUGCUUUGGGUCGGAGCUCGUGGUGCUGAGUUUGAUUGGAAAUAUAUUCAAAAGAGUCUUGAAUCAAAUAUCAAUUUGGUGCAACACAUAGCAACUGCAACGUUGGUUUGGUUGUGGUCUCGACAUGAUUUACAACGUCGCUUAGUUCCUGUAGUAGUUAGUAUGCUCAUACUCACAGUGUACAGGUCACUUGUGCUGGACUUUCUUACAUCGUUCUUAUUAGCUGGCCCAUGGUGGACACUUAUUAUUAAGGCCAUUACUACUUUGUUCAUAAGCGCAACAACAUUACACAUUUAUGCAGGUCUCGCAUAUUCAAUUGGAAUUUUCUAAGCAACAUAUUUAUUUUCCUAUUUAUUAAUGUACAGUUGCAUUGAAGAAUGACUUCCAUUCCAUUUUCCAGUAAUGUAAUUAUACAUUAAUAAUAUACGUGAUACAUAUGUAUAUUCAUAAUACAUGUGUAUAUUCACGAUAUAUA